AUGCCCCUCCCCGCCCGCACAGCAUCGCUCUCGCGCAACACCAACGAGACCAAGAUCCAGGUCUCACUUUCCCUCGACGGUGGUGUUCUCCCUCCUUACGAGCCCUCGACGAUCUUUUCCGCUCCCUCCGACCCCCAGGAAGCCGAAGCCGCUAAGAAGGGCAUUGUCCCCAACAAAGAUGCCGCACAUGCAACUCAGUUCACGCCGACGCAACAGAUCACCAUCAGCACGGGAAUCGGAUUCCUAGACCACAUGCUGCAUGCGCUUGCUAAGCACUCUGGGUGGAGCUUGGCUAUUCGUGCUAAGGGAGACCUGUACAUCGACGACCACCACACCACAGAAGAUACCUUCCUCGCCCUCGGUGCCGCAUUCACUACUGCCCUUGGAGCCCGGCAAUCCCUCGCACGAUUCGGCCGCGGCGACGCGCCCCUCGACGAGGCCCUCUCCUGGGCUGUCAUCGAUCUUUCCAGCCGGCCGUGGGCUGUCAUCAACAUUGGUUUCAAGCGCGAGAAGAUCGGCGAUCUCAGCACGGAGAUGAUCACACACGGCCUGCAGAGCUUCGCUCAGGCGGCUGGGGUUACCCUUCACAUUGGCUGCACGUACGGCGACAACGACCACCACAGGGCAGAGAGUGCGUUCAAGGCUCUGGCUGUUGCUAUCCGCACGGCCUGCGCACGGAAGGUAGAGGGUGAGGUCGGUGCGGGAGAUGUGGUCAGCACAAAGGGCGUGCUCUAA